AUGAAGAGCUUCGGUACUCUCGUUCUCGCCGCGACCGCGGUGUCCGCCGCCGCGAUCAACAAGCCCAUCGAGCAGCGCAGCACCGGCGCCGACCUCGUCUUCGACGGCAAGGUCAUCAACUCGGCGGCCUGGGACGUCUUCAAGACCUCCGAGGUCCAGGUCGCCACCGGCACCGACGGCCUGGCCGCGCGCCAGGAGGCCGAGCCCGACCCGAACCGCAACGAGACCAACCCCGACCUCGUCUUCCUGCUCCAGUGCACCGACUCUGGUUUCCGUGGGGACUGCCUCGUCUUUGGCGCUCCUCCUGGAUCUUGCGUUUCGUUCUUCAACUUCCAGGCUGCCAACUCGACCGAGGUCAGCGACCGGUUCAACGACAAGGUCACCUCUUUGUCUACCAACACGGGCGGAAAGUGCCAGUUCUACAAGUUCCAGGGCUGCAACAACAAGGGCGACGACCGCGGCCUCACCUCCUCUUACAACUACAACCUGGCCGUCCCUCUGCCCGACGACCCUCGUACUGUCGAGUACGACAACCAGAUCACCUCUUGGAGGACCGUGCUCGGCCAGAUCACGCUGACCCCUUCCACGAUCGACCGAACACGAAGUCCAACAGUCACCAAGACGGUCACACAGUUCGUGACAAGCAUAACGACUUCGAUUUCCACCACGGCAACAACUACAACAGUGACUGCCCCGGUCACCGUCCGCGAGACCACGACCACGACCACAACCGCCGUAGCGACCAAGAUUGCGACCACUACGCAAACGACCACUCAGACGACCACCGCUCCGUGCUCAUCCGUCACUUGCCCCAAGAUCACCUCCACGGGGACCAUCUGCAAGAGCUGCUUCGUCGCCCAAUGCACGACCACGUCGACGGUCACCAAGUCGUGCGGCUGCCCGGGCGCUCUGCCGACGACGACUGUGGAUCUCGGAUGUGAUGUGGACGACGUUUUCAGGUUUAUCACGAUGAGAUUCGGAUUGAAGGCCGGCGGCCUUUUGUGGCUCGCGGCUUCGCUGCUUUCCGGGUCGCGUGGUGUUCUGGCUCAGGAGGAUGUUGACUGGCCGAUCCUUGACAAUGGCCUCAACGAGAUCGUCCAAUGGGACCACCACAGCUACAUUGUGAAUGGCGAGAGACUCUUCGUAUUCUCUGGUGAAUUCCACUACUGGCGUCUUCCAGUCCCCGAGUUAUGGAGAGACCUCCUUGAGAAGAUCAAGGCUGCUGGCUUCAAUGCCUUCUCCAUCUACAACCAUUGGGGUUACCACAACCCCACGCCGGGCGUCUUGGACUUUGACACCGGUGCUCACAACUUCACCUCCAUCAUGACCGUCGCCAAGGAGGUCGGCAUCUACCUCAUCAUCAGACCUGGCCCAUACGUCAACGCUGAGACCAACGCUGGAGGCUUCCCGCUGUGGGCAACCACGGGCGAGUACGGUUCUUUGAGAAAUGACGACGCGAGGUACACCGAGGCAUGGACUCCCUACUGGGCUGAGAUCUCCAAGAUCAUCAAGCCGCAUUUGAUCACAAACGGCGGAAACGUCGUCAUGUUCCAGAUCGAGAACGAGCUCAACGGGCAAUGGAAGGAUAUCCCCAACAGAGUCCUCAACCCACCCAUCGCCAACUACAUGCAACUGCUCCAGGACAGCGCGAGAGAGAACGGCAUCGAUGUGCCUCUGUCGCACAAUGCCCCCAACAUGCGUGGCUACUCAUGGUCUAAGGACUUCUCUGACGCGACUGGAAACGUCGACGUUGUCGGUGUGGACAGCUACCCGUCUUGCUGGAGCUGCAACUUGAGCGAAUGCACGGGAACCAACGGAGAGUACAUUCCCUACUUGACCCAGAACUACUUCGACUACUUCACGGUCCAAUCGCCGUCUCAGCCCAACUUCAUGCCCGAGUUCCAGGGUGGCUCGUACAACCCAUGGGGAGGACCGGAGGGCGGCUGUCCCACAGAUAUUGGUGUUGACUUCGCAAAUAUCUUCUACCGCGAUCUGAUCUACCAGAGAGUCACCGCCAUCUCGCUGUACAUGAUGUUCGGCGGCACCAACUGGGGAUGGCUUGCUUGCCCUGUCGUGGCAUCAAGCUACGACUACUCGUCCCCGGUCUCCGAGAACAGAAUCAUUGGGGAUAAGUUCUACGAAACCAAGCUCCUUACUCUGUUCACCAGAGCUGCCAAGGACCUGACGAAGACGGAGAGAGUCGGAAACAGCACGUCCUACUCUAGCAACCCUGCAAUCACCGUUGCAGAGCUUCGCAAUGUCGACAACAACGCCGCCUUCUACGUCGCUCGCCACUCCUACUCCCCGUCGAACACAAACGAGGCCUUCAAGCUUUCCGUCAAGACUUCCGCAGGUUCUUUCGCCAUCCCCCAGCACGGCAGCUCCAUCGCCAUCAACGGCCAUUCUGCCAAGAUCAUUGUCACCGAUUUCGCCUUCGGUGAGAAGACCCUUCUGUACUCGACCGCCGAAGUCCUCAGUUACAUCGUCGUUGAUGGCAGUGAGGUCAUCGCUCUUUGGCUACCGGAGGGCGAGUCUGGCGAGUUCGUGGUCAGCGGAUCUACCACCGCCGAAGUAGUCGGAGAGGGCAACGUCGGCGACUUCAAGACCUUCGCAGGAGAGACCAACGUGACUGUUGCGUACACCCAGAAGAAGGGAACCACCAUCGUCGACCUCGGAGACGGUUCGCGCGCUGUCUUGCUCGACCGCAGCGCCGCCUAUCUUUUCUGGGUUCCCACUUUGGACAACGACGUUUCCGCUCCCGCAAACAAGACGGUCUUUGUUCAGGGGCCCUACCUGGUGCGCUCGGCUGCUUUCAACGAGACGGGCCGCAGCUUGGCUUUGGCCGGUGACGCCGACAAGGAGACGACCAUCACCGUCUUUGCCUCCGAGUCGCUUUGCGGCAUCACCUGGAACGGCAAGAAGGUUGAGAUCACCUCGAGAGAGGGCAACGUCUUCACGGCCAAGAUCGAAGGCCCUGCCAGCUUCGAGCUCCCUGCCCUCGGCCCGUGGAAGGUCCACGACAGCUUGCCCGAGAUUGCCACCGACUACGAGCCUACUUCAGACUCUUGGGUUGUUGCCGACAAGACAAACACCUCCAACACCGUCAAGCCAGCCUCCAACAACCCCGUUCUCUACGUCGACGAGUAUGAAAUUCACGUCGGAAACCAUAUCUACCGCACCACUUUCCCCACCACGGAGAACCCUCCCACCGGUGUCUUCCUCAACCUCACCGGCGGCCUCGCCUUCGGCUACUCCGUCUGGCUGAACUCGGAAUACAUCGGCUCUUACCUCGGCCUCUCCUAUCUCGGCGCCGACGCGAGCGAAUUCUCCUUCGAGAACGCCACCCUCGCCACGGAAGGCGACAACAUCCUCGUCGUCAUCAUGGACAACUCCGGCCACGACCUGCGCGAAGCGGCCCUCGCCCCCCGCGGCAUCACCAACGCCACCCUCCUCGGCCCCGACGCCUCCACCUACAAAUUCUCCGAAUGGAAGAUCGCCGGCACGGCAGGCCGCAACGACCUCAUCGACCCCGUCCGCGGCCCCAUCAACGAGGGCGGCCUCUACGCCGAGCGCAUCGGCGCCACCCUCCCCGGCUUCCCCGACGAGGACUGGGAGACGCUCGCCUCCUCCAACGAGACCCUCUCCGUGCCCGACGCCGGCAUCCGCGUCUUCCGCACCGUCGUGCCCCUCGACGUGCCCGCCGGCCUCGACGUCUCCAUCUCCUUCAAGCUCACCGCGGCCGCGGAGGACACCUUCGCCUCCACGCAGGAGGGCUACAGCAACCAGCUCCGCGCGCUGCUCUUCGUCAACGGGUACCAGUACGGCCGCUUCAACCCGUACAUCGGCAACCAGAUCUACUACCCCGUCCCGACGGGCAUCCUCAACUACAACGGCGACAACACGAUCGCCGUCACGGUGUGGAGUCAGUCGCCCGAGGGCGCGGAGCUGAAGAUCGAGUGGCUGACGGACUACGUUCACACGUCGAGCUUCGACAUGACGUUUGACAGCGAGGAGCUGAGGCCUGGAUGGGAUGAGAGCCGUCUCCAGUAUGCUUGA